AUGGACUACACUCUGGCGUUGUGCAUCAGCCUCCUCUAUGCCCCACACACCGUCCUGUGCGGGCUGGCGCUGCUCUGGCAGCCCAUCCUGCUGGUGAUCAGCCUCCUCGCCUCCUUUGUUGCCUUUCUGCCACUUGUGAUUACGGGGCUAGUAUUUCAGGCGCUGCGCUGGACCGGUACUGCGGAUGUGUCCACUGCAGCGGGGGUGGUGGUGACUCACUUCGUUCUGCAAAAUGUGACCCGAGUUGGAGCGCUGAACUUGUGCUUGCGCGCCCAGCGACUCGGGUGGCAUCAUGGCUGCCUGCUGGUGCGUAGCCGGUUUCCUUUAGUGCCCCUGAGCAUCGCCAUUGGCGCCGGGUUCGCUACGACGUCGCUUCUUGCGAGUGGUGGCGUCCUUCUUGCGGAGGCUUGGGGAGUUGGAAGGGGUUUGAGUGAAGGUGGGCACACCGCAUCAACCUCGACUGCCGCUGCGCAGGAACUUGACUUUCUCGCUUCCAGCGGCGGCUGUGCGCGGCUUCCUCGGCUUGUGCAGUCGUGCUUUCAGCAGACAUUCUUCAGCUGCGGGCAGGUGGCGUGGACGGUGAUGAUGGGACAGGCGUACGCUGCGCUGUGGCCUCGGAAUGUAGCCAUGGGCUUCUCGGGACAUACAGCGUGCGCGAAUGGUGCCGAUGAACCCGCGACCCUCGGGGUUGAGAUGGCGGCAGAAGCCGAGGAGCAUGGCAGCGCACCUACGCCAUGGGCACUGAGAGCGGAAGAAACUUUGCGGCAGGACUUCGCUGGGCUCCUGGUGGUGGAUGAGGAAUUUGCGCCGGUAGUUACAGACCACAUGCCAGAAACUGCAGCUUACAGCUGGAGUAGUGGUCAUGCGUCUUCCACUGCUCGGCCGAAGACGCGCGAGGAGGCCGAGGUAAACCAGUACUUGCCCUGCAGUGCUGUGGGCUCUGAGAGCGGUGAUGCGGGUGCGGUGGCUGACACAGUACCAUCCGCGACACCAUCCAUGCGUGAAGCGACGAGAUCUUCCACUGUAAGGAAGCAUCAGAACACGCCAUCGUCGCCGUCGCCGCCAGCCGGGGUGGUUGGGUGGCUUGUGGCUGACUCGGUACUCGCGCAGCGGCUGCCCACUGCUGUCCUCACCGGUGCUGCCGCCUUAGUUCUUCACUUGAUAUUUGUACUGCCACCUCUGACGGCAAUGGCAGCAGACUCGGCCUCUGCGCGGAACACGUUGAUUCCUUCAUCAGCCAGACGCUCGAACAGUUGCCUCGUUGGCGUAUCUCUACAGUGCAUCGUAACGAUUGUGUCGCUGGUAUGGGGGCUGUGGAUUGUAGAGCUUGAACGUCACCCUUCCACCUACAUGCUUCUCCCAUCAUCGACACACCCGUGA